UGUGACGCUUUUGGACCUUCUUCUUGCUCGUCUUUGUUUUAAGUUAACCGAUUUAGAUUUCCACCACAAUGCCCUAAAAAAAUUCUCAAAUCAACCAACACUUUCUUGAAAGAAAAAAACCUAAUUUCAAUCUCUCUUUGAUCUCACCUUCUUCUUUAAUGGGUUCCUCCUCCGAUGUCGUCCCCGACCACGACGUCUCCGGCACCCACCACCCUCCCGCCGACGAUACUUCUCCGGUCAACAAUACUAAACCCCCCACGGAGGAAACCACGCCGCUCAGGAGGACGAGGCCUUCGCGCGCCUGCACUUUAAGGACGCAGCAGCGGCUUCGGGAGCAGCAAGCGGCGGAGAGGAAGCUCAAGCAGCCUAAGAAGGAGUGUAAACGGAAGAAAGAGGUGGAGGAAGCGGAGGAGCAAGAGGAGGAGGAUGAGGAGGAAGAUGAGAGUCAGAUACAAUGCGUUGGAGGAAGUUCAGGGAGAAGCAAGAUCGUUACUUCGCUUGUCUCGCCGCCGGAGGCUUCGCAGAUGCCGCGGUGGAAUCUUAGGUCUAUGUGGGAACUUGCUUCCGUGCUCAACUUCUUGCAUGUUUUUAGACCGCUUUUGAAAAUCAAUGUGGAGUUUUCAGCGGAGGAGUUUGAGACGGCUUUGCUGAAUCCUAACGAUACUUUGAGUGACAUUCAUAUUCCUCUGUUAAAGGCCAUUCCUCCUGUAACUCGAAUGGCCCUCACACGUGAUACCUGGGUCACUGUCUUGUGCAGAAAAAUAAGAGAUUGCUGGCAUUGGGUAGCAGAAGGGGACCUUCCUAUUGUUGCCUCUCAAGGGCGGGAGACUGAAGUGUACAAAUCUUUUGAUCCAGCCAUUCGUGGGGUGAUUUUGAAAGCUUUAUGUGAUAUUCGUGUUGAGCAAGAGGAUAUCAGGAGCUACAUAGACAACUCUCUUAAAACUGGUGUUCAUCUGUCAGCUUUUCGCAAAGAUCGCGUUGGGGGUGAUUCACAUGGAGUUAAUUUUUGGUAUGAGGAUGAUCCCUUAGUUGGUCACCGUUUAUAUCGGGAAAUAAGGAAGGCAGAGGUGGUUAAGGCCAAAACGAAGGGUUCCAAGAUUCUUCCUAACAUAACAUACCAAUGGGAAGCUGUUGCCACUAAUUUCGACGAAUUCCAGGAUGUUUCUGAAAAGCUGAAUUCAAGUAGUAGUAGAAUUGAAGUUUCUCUAGGGAAGAAGUUAACGAGAGAUAUGCUUCCUGAGAUUGAAAAAGAACACAAGAGGAAAGAAAAAUUGUUGAAAAAACAACAUAGACAGGCGCUUCUCCUUGAUAACUGUUUGGUUGUCGACGGUCAUGGUGCUGGCCGUUCUCUCCGUGAUAGGAAACCUGUUAGAUACACUUUUGAUGAUUAUGAUCAGUCGAUAAAUGAAGCUAUCAAGAUAACAAAGAUGAAACAUCCAUCACCAGAAUCUUUACUUCACAGAAGAGAAUCAGCCAGAUUGGACGCUCUUGAGAAUGGCAGAUCGACAAGUUCAACCCACCCUACUGAGCCUGUGAACGAUACAGCAUAUGCCAAAUCUUCUGAUUCUGCCGACUAUGAUGAGUUCGAUGAGCAGAGAGAUGAGUCCUUGGACAGAAGGCGCAGACAACGGUCCCAGCGGUAUUCAGCUACCGACUUUGUUGAAACUGUUUCAGACAAUGAUGUGGAAUUUGAAAGCGAUGAUGACAUUGUUGGGGAAGCAGUUUAUGAUGAAGAAUAUAUGAGGAAGCGUAAACAGAAGAAGUUUUCUAGUGGCUCUGAGGGAGAGGAAGAGGGAGAUAAAGGAGAUGAAGAGUACAAAUGGGAUGAAGACAAUGCCGAGUACGAGGAAGAAGAAGAAGAAGAAGAAGAAGAAGAAGAGGAGGAAGAUUCUCUAAGCGAUAGCGAAGAAGAUAGUGAUGAUGAACCCCGAAGGGCUAAGAAAAUGCCACGGAGAGAAACUAAGUCAAGAUCAAGGUCAAAGGAUUUACGACCAGGCCUGAGACGUAGUAAAAGAGCCACAAGAAUCGAUUACCAACAAUAUGAGCUCUCAGAAUCAGACAAAGAAGCUACAGGAGCGGCAAAACGUAAGCGGUUGGUUGAGCCAGAUGAACAUUCUGAUGAAACAGGGAAUGGGGAUUUCACUAUGGAAAGUGAGGACUCCGAAGAAAAUGCAAAUGACCCUGAAACAAAAUCUUCUGAAGAAGAAAAGCCCAGAGAGGUCAAUGACUAUGCAGAGACGACAAAUGGUACUGAGAAUAAUCAACUUAGCAAAUCAAACGGCACAGGCCAAGAAGAAGCUGAGGGUGUAGUAGGCAAAAGGCGUUUCCUCGACCUAAACGAGCUUGCUCCUGUAUCUGGUUUUGAUGAUGGUCCAAGUACAGUCUUGAAGGAAGAUGAUAAGGGCGACAAUUCAUAAGCAAGACAUGGAGACCUCUCUUCGUCUGAAAGCUCCAUCUGGUACCAUUGUAUGAUAUAAGCAAUAUUUUCACGAGUUUAUUUCUGGUCAAACCCCAUUUCCGGAGAAGUUAAACGGUAAGAUAUAUACUUCAUUGGCUUGUUCUGCAUUCAAGCAUCUCUGCUCUGUUGUUGUCAACUUAUUCAGGCAGCGGGUAAGAAGUGAAGUGGAGACUGUUGCAGAGAGUCCUAAGAUGAAGUAUGUGUAGAUUAGGUUAGCAUUUUUAUCUUACCUUGAAAAAAGAAACAAUGAAGAGGGUGAACCAGAGAUUCCUAAGAGCUGUUUAAUGUUGUGGAAUUAUUAUGUGUACAAUCUACCUUUUCUAACUUUUGUACGAACACGUUCAUGGUCUCUUGGGAUUUUGGUAAAACUGCGUACCUUUGAGACUUUGCCUUGUCCCAUAU